AUGAUAACACCAAAAGAAUUCUCUAAGCAUAGCAACAAGGAAGGAAUAGAAAUAGUUGACUUAAAGGAACAAGAAGACUCAAGCUUAAUAGUGGAAUACCAAGGAAAUGGUUUAGCAACAACAGAUAAAGGCCAAGACGAUCGCAUAAAAGUUCAAUUAUGCUGGGAUGCGAUAAGUUAUGUGAUUGAUAAUAAAGGGGAAGAAACCCAAAUAUUGAAAGGUAUUUCAGGAAAAGCAAAUCCCGGGGAGCUCUUAGUUUUGAUGGGUUCUUCAGGGGCUGGCAAAACUACACUUUUAAAUAUUCUAGCUGGAAGAGUCAAAAGCACUGGGAAUGCCAAGAUUAUUGGUCAGAUAACUGCAAAUGGAACUAGCAUAAAGGACAUUGACUUUGGGUAUUAUUCAGCUUAUGUGACCCAAGAAGAUAUUUUGCUUCCUAAUUUAACUCCUAGAGAGUCUUUAAUGUUUUCUUCACGACUUAGAAUGCCAGGUCAUUAUAAUGCACAUGUGGAUAGGGUGAAUUCGAUUCUUCAAGAGCUGAGAUUGGUAAAAUGUGCAGAUAAUGUCAUUGGGAGUAUAACUAAAAAAGGCCUUUCGGGAGGAGAAAGGAAAAGAGUUUGUAUUGGGAUGGAACUUAUCACUGACCCUAUUGUCCUUUUGCUAGAUGAACCUACUUCUGGUCUUGAUAGUUUUACAGCAGAAGUCGUUAUUGACUUAUUAAUAGAGCAGGCAAGAAAAGGUAGAACUGUUAUGUCAACAAUCCAUCAGCCUAGCUCCAGCAUUUUCGAUAAAUUCGACAGAUUGAUUUUACUAGCAGAAGGCCAUCUUGUCUAUCAAGGAUCCGCAAAAGAUUCCCCUCAAUAUUUUGCGAAAUUCGGCUUCAAAUGUCCAAGACUGAUGAACCCAGCAGACUAUUAUAUGAGACUUCUUCACGUUGUAGAUAGAAAACACCCGACCGAAGAAGAGCACGACAAAAUAGAAAUUCUGGUCUCCGCUUAUAAUCAGGUCGAGCCUGAAGACGAUUUUGACUCCUCAAAACUUGAGCCUUUAAAGCACAAGCACUUAAUAGUCCCAACCAACUUUGUGGAGCAAUUUUUAUUGCUUUUUAGAAGAGCUUGGAUAAAUGCAAGAAGGGACCCUCUUGCUGGGCGACUUUUGUUUACUGAGUACAUAAUGGUUGCUGUUUUGGUCGACUUGAUUUGUAAUAAUCUAGCCAAAAAUUAUGACUCUGCAUCAACCAGGACUCAACUUUUGUUUUUGUCAAUGGCAACUGUAGCUUUCUUUUCCUGUCAGAAUGCAGCUAUGCAAUUUCCAAGUGAGACUCCUUUGUUCCUUAAAGAAAGUAAGCAAAGGAUUUAUUCCACAGCUUCUUAUUAUUUAUCAAAGUCACUUGCAGACCUCCCAAUGCAAUUUUUGCCACUUUUAGUAUAUUGCUUGAUGAUUUAUUGGGUGAUUCCUUUCAAUGAUUAUGAUGCAAGCAAGUUUUUUAUUUUUUAUUUUGUGCUUGUAUUGUUGCAAAUAUCAGCUAUUGGAUUAGGCUAUAUUUUAGGCUGUAUGGUAAAAACAGAAACUGUCGCUUUAGCCAUAGUGCCGAUAUUUAUGCAGCCAAUGAUGCUUUAUUCAGGUUUAUUCCCUAGUGUAAAUCAUUAUCCUGAAGGCUUUUUUUGGAUACAAUACAUAUCGUGUAUGAGAUGGGCUGUUGAAGCUCUUUGUGCUAUAUACAUUAAAAUGGUGUGGUGAGCUAGCCUGCCCUCUUAACACCUGUAGCGGUAGGCUCAUUGAUCUUGUGGAAAGGAGGAAAGGGUUUAGAGAUGUGUAUCCUGCUGGACUUGGUCUGAUGGAACACAUUUUCAGGUUUAGUUGAUCGUGCACUCACAUCCAGGUCAAGGUUUUACAAUGUGGGAAGGUGGCUCGCUGGAGUUGGAAAGGGGACAUUUAGCACAGCCAGAGGUUGUCGCUUGGCCAUUCGGUCAAAUCCCUAGCGCGAUGCCAGGUGUUACGUCCUGAGCUCCGAGCUUUAUUUUGGCUGGCAGCUCUACCAGAAAAAUCGAUUUUUCGAAUUUUCGGAAAGACCCGUUGACGUGCGGCAUGAUAACCCAGCAUCUCUACUCUCGGUUAGCGAGAGAGCAAGCCCUCGUCUGUGAGGAGCAACGCAGUAGAAUACCACAUCCCAGCCAGUAAGCAAGAGGUGGAGCGUUAUACAGAGGCGAAUAGUGGCCUGCGGGCCUACAGAAGACUUCUCUGUAAGUAAUCUAAGCUAAGAAGCCCUUUGUGCUAAUGAAUAUAACGAUUUAGGGAUGCACUGUCAGCAUUGUACAGAUUGCUAUAAGUGUGAUCCUUUAAGAGAUCUGGACUUUACAAAUAGUAUUGGAGUAUGCGUUUUAUAUCUCUGCAUUCUCCUAGUUGGUUAUAGAGUUAUAGCAUAUUUGCUGCUUUGGAAAAGAGCUGUAAAUGCACGCAGAUAA